AUGAAUUUCUGUGUGUAGUCUACCGUCUACAUUGUGAACUUUGAAUUCUCAAAACGUUGACUGAAUACUGCAAUUUACUAUAACAUAAUUGUUUAACAUUUACAUAGUUCCAAGGACAUGUGUGAUAGCGUCGCCUUUCAUGCUCAGCUAGCUUCAAUAAUUGAGGUUUUGGCGAAUGCAGCCGUUGCCGAAAUUUGUAAACUUGUAGAUGACGGCCAUGCUGCCUUACGUUUGGAAAUCUCCCAUAGCCAGAAAGAAAUCGAUAACCUGCGGAGGAAGCUGCUUUUGACAAAAUUCCAGAGUUCUCAACGUGGCACAGAGAAAUUCGGAGCCCUGCGACGCACAGUUCACAGGCGCGACACCGAUCUUGUUGCCCGAGCAAGAGCGAGCUUCGUUGGAAAGUCAAUAGGCAGACAUGGAUAUUUGGAGAAUCGUUUUUCCUACAGCGAAGGGGACAACUUUACAAAGGAUGUCACGAACUGGAAAGACGCAAGUCGCACCGCGACAGGCCAGGAUGGAGGCAUGCAGGUGGCAGAUACGCAAGAGUCACCUCUUAUCAAAAUGGAGAACCUUGGUACCAGCAGAACAGAAGAGAUUGUCCAACUGGUCAGUGAGAGCAGUGAGAAGUUCAUUGCGGCUGAACCAGGUUCUUCAUCAUGUACUGAAACCACAGACCUUCUGGACCAGCAGGGCAACCGAGACAGAGCUCCAGACACCUCACUUGAUAUAGAACCUGAAAACCAGACCUUCCAGCAUCCAGCGUCACAAUACAACAGAGCAAGACAGGACCAUCAGGUUGCUGAGGGUGUGACCUGGGAAACUGACCAUCAACCCAUAGAAUACAGCCUGUCCCAAUGGACAGAGAACCAAGAGACUGACAACCGAACUGUGAAUGCUCCUCACAAUUCCGGGUCAGACUCCAAAAGGCUGCCUGGACAUCCAGAGAGGAGAGGGGUGUCUGGUAACUCUGGGGUCUGCAUGUCUGCUUUGGACUCUCUGGACUGGGUGUCUGAUGUGGUGCUGGUGGACUCAGUUCCCAUUAAAGUGGAGGCAGAUAUGAGUUCAGAAUGGAGCAUAACUGGCCAAGAGGUGACAUCUGGAGAGGUCUGUUCAGACGGCAGGCAGCUUGUGGACAACAGAGGAAGAGGGGGAAUGGAGUCUGGACAGACAAAGUGUCCCACCGACACUGAAAACACAGAGCAAGGUAGAACUAUAGGAUCAAGGUCCAAGUUUCCAGAUUUCAAUGGACUGUCUAACCGAAACAGCUUUUCAUCCCCAAGAGUUACUCUCCACCAGGUUCCCCAAAGAGGGAAGCAAGCCCCCUUCCUGAAUUUCAACAGAGGCUCCAAUUUUUCAUCGAAAGGCAUAGAAAAGCAGCCGCAACAGCUAACAUCUCACUCACCCAAGAGGCAACUCCGGUGCAGCCUCUGCGGAAAGCCCUUCCCUCAGCCGGCGCAACUGCGGAGUCAUAUGCGUGUCCAUACAGGGGAGAAACCGUACGGCUGCAGCCACUGCACCAAGCGCUUCUCCCACAGGCACCAGCUGAAGAUGCAUGAGAGGGUGCACACCGGAGAGAAACCAUUUCACUGUGUCUACUGCGGGAAGUGCUUCACCCAGUCCAGUCACAUGAAGAGGCACCUCCUCGUCCACACUGGUGGCAGGCCACAGGACAUUGGGCUGCCCUGAGUGUUCCAGGGUGAAGUUUCCCCUUGGUACAGAUCUAGGAUCAGCUUUCUCUUCUCCAAUCCUAACCUUAACCAUUAGUAGGAAAACAUCUAAAACUGACCCAAGAUCAGUGUGUAGGGGCAACUUCACACUACUCCGCCUGGUGUAAUUAUAGGUAAGGCCAGGAGUUUUUCCUCACCACGUGACUAGACCAGGGAAAAACUCCUGGACCUAGUUGUAAGGGGAAUGGCUCAACACUACUGUGGUUUUCAUAUGCAUACUGGGUCCUUGUGCUUUUAACAGUUUGGAUAGUUACCACAUUCAGCACUACCCUCUGUGUGUAGUGGUGGUAGUGUUUUCAGCUGGCUUGGUCCAGAGUGGACUGUUAAUGUAUAAGUUAUUAUAGGUGAAGAUUUUAAACAUCCUUUUGAAUAUGUAUUGGUGCAGUGGUGAACCAAAGAACAUCAAUUAUGAAUGCAGGAAGCUCUGGACAGGUGCCUGGGUGAGCUAGGCCUGUAGGUGGUUGAGAGCUCGUUGCUCGGCUCAUCUCGUACCUGGACAUAGGGAGGAGGAGGGUGCAGGGAAGAGGGUGACGGUGACUGUCACUUUCUGGACAUCGACAUGGCAGAAGAGAAAGCCACAGGUUCCCUGGGUGCCAGCACACUCCUGGACCUUGACACAGAUCUGGCGACCCAGCAGGUGCAAGGCGAGAGUACUGACCUGGAAUGGUAGGCUCUCAAUGGUUGACUUUAUAGAGGGUUUAUUAUGGUUAGAUUUAUUGGCGGCUUUAUGGAACUAUCUAUAUCACUUUACACUUUCCAUAAUAUUCAGCCUAGGAAAACCAUUGUCUGUUCAAAGUGGCAAUUUGUUUUUGAGUCCCAGAAUUAGAAUGAAUAGAAUUAGAAUUCAUUUAAUUCAAUCAGAAUUCUCUCUGGUUUAUUCCUUUCCAUUCUGACUCUGUUUUGAGUGAGCUAAACCAGUUCGGAUGUGCACCAGUACUCUAGAACCAAGCUACUCACUCACCUCUUCUUUAUUCCCAGAAUCCCCAGAGGUACUAUGGUCUGGGGAAACAUAAUCUCUUGGAGCUUCCUCUGGAGUCGCUGGUGUGGAUCUUCUGGGAUAUGCUGCAUGUGGACGGGAAGAGAGGCUACUGGAACCUGUCUCUGGUCACAGCGGAACCUUCCGUACCAUCCUGAGAAAGCUGUCAUCAAGGCAAAGAGUGGCUCCUUUGAAGAAUAUAAAAUAUAUUUUCAUUUGUUUAACACUUUUUUUCAGUUAAUACAUGAUUACAUAUGUUAAUUCAUAGUGUUGAUGUCUUCACUAUUAUUCUACAAUGUAGAAAAUAGUAAAAAGAAAAACCCUUGAAUGAGUAGGUGUGUCUAAACUUUUGACUGGUACUGUAUAUGCUUUUUAAAACUAUAACCGAUAAAAUGUUUCAUAAAUGAACAUGGGUUUGGAUGAGAACCAUAGGAAUACAGAGGUAGGUAUUCAAAAUGGUCUGGCACCUUGGCCAAUUAAGCUACAAGGCCGAACUUUAAAACAUUCAGCUCAUCCUAACUUAAAAUUCUUUAAAACUGAAAGACUAUAACUAUAUAUUUGCAUAAAAUACUCUGCAAACGUAACUAUUCAACUGUUCAAGUUAGAGACACCAAACCAAUUUUCACAUGUUCAGGCCAUCCUAACUAAAAAAAUAUUUAAAACAUUUAUAAACUAUAACUACAAAUGUGCAUAAAUUAGCAUAUCCAUAAAAUGGUACAGCUGUUGUCGGAGUUUAGAGUGACGAAAAGUAGCUAGUUAACGUCAGCUAACGGAUUUCUUGUCUCGUCAAUGAGCAGCCCAAAUGUAGCCGUUGCUAUGUGUACACACGCAGAGGAGCGCAUGGGGCAGUGCAGGAAGCAAGGGACAGACCGAGAUUAGCUAUUGAUACUAAUUGAGGAAGUUACUGUGUUUCUAAUUAUGUGUUGAGAAAUCGGGCUUCGGUAGGGUAGGGCAUGAGCGUCACCAGCAUGGGUAGGGCUCGGCCUAAAAUGUCAUGCCUCUGCUUUUCUUUUCAUUCAAAUAGUUAAAAUACCACUAAAAUACUUUUAAAGAGCUGUCAUCACUAGAUGUAUCAUCACAUUUCCCUCCCCAAAUAAUAGCCUAAAUGUUUCUAAUUCAUUAUGAGUUCCUCCCUUCCACCACAACAGCAAGUCUUCAUAUUCAGAAAGCAUUUUCUAUCUCACUUUGAACAACCGACCUAUGAAGACUCUGUACUGUUUGAUCAUUACAUCCUCAUUAAACUAAAAUCAAACUUCA